AUGAAAUUAAUGGAGAAUAGAAACAACGUGACAGAGUUUGUACUACUGGGGCUUACAGAGAAUCCAGAAAUGCAGAAAGUCAUAUUUGCUGUGUUUCUUGUCAUCUACAUCACUGCUGUGGUAGGAAAUGGGAUCAUUGUGGUCGCCAUCAUUGCCAGUCCAUUGCUGGGUUCCCCCAUGUACUAUUUCCUGGCCUAUCUCUCCUUUAUAGAUGCCUGUUAUUCCUCUGUCAAUACUCCAAAACUAAUUGUGGAUUCACUCCAUGAAAAGAAGACCAUCCUAUUCAAUGGAUGUAUGACCCAAGUCUUUGGGGAACAUUUCUUUGGAGGUGCUGAGGUCAUUCUGCUUACUGUGAUGGCCUAUGACUGCUAUGUGGCCAUAUGCAAGCCCUUGCACUACACAACCAUCAUGAACCAGCAGUUGUGUGGGUUGCUCGUGGGAGUGUCACGGAUGGGAGGUUUUCCUCAUGCAACCAUACAGCUCCUCUUCACGUUCCAAUUACCCUUCUGUGGUCCUAACAUCAUAGAUCACUUCAUGUGUGAUCUGAACCCUUUGCUUACUCUUGCCUGCACUGAAACCCACACUCUAGGGCUUUUUGUAGCUGCUAACAGUGGGUUCCUCUGCAUGUUAAACUUCCUCCUCUUGCUGGUCUCCUGUGUGGUCAUCCCUGAGGCUUUGCAAACUCACAGCUCUGAAGGACAGUGGAAGGCCAUCUCCACCUGUGCCUCCCAUAUUACUGUUGUCAUCUUACUCUUUGUUCCCUGUAUAUUUGUGUACAUUCGGCCCAUGGGCACCUUCCCCAUUGAUAAAGUUGUUGCCAUGUUUUAUACUCUAGUAACACCCAUGCUAAACCCUUUAAUCUACACCCUCAGAAAUGCAGAAGUGAAAAAUGCAAUGAAGAAGCUCUGGAGCCAAAGAAUGGUCUUAGAUAAUAAUUAA